AUGGCUCAAUUAGCUUAUUUAUCGGAUGGAAUACAUAUAGUAAGUGGUGGUGAUGAUGAUGAAACAAUCAAAUUAUGGAAUACAUCCAAUGGCUUUUGUAUUGUCAUAUUUUCUAAACAUGCAUCUACAGCAACUGGCCUUGAAUUUGUAUCCAAUGGACAAUUUAUUGUAUCAAGUUCAUUUGAUGGAACUGUUCGUACUUUUGAUCUUUUUGAGUGCAUUAACAUUUGCUCGAAAUAUACUACUGAAACAGCAUUAGCAAUUUGUUCAUGGAAUAAAACAUUACGAUCAUGGAGUGUAUUUGUUAGUCAAAGUUCAAGAGAAACAUUUCUUUUAUCAACUGAUGCAUUAUGUUGUGCUUUACGUCAUGAUGGAAAACAGCUUGCUGUAUCAACAGUUGAUGCUCAAAUACUCUUUCUAUCCUGA